AUGAAACUAUAAAGGCUCCUGCAGCUCUUCCAUGAUAAAGAAAGAGGCAACAACAUCGUGUGGAGGAAGCUCAAGCAGCCCAGGUCUUCGUCACAUUUGGGAUCCAAGCAUCUUUUUUACCAGCCACAAAGAGGCAGAUCAAGAUGCAGAAAAGAAACAUUUGCCCUAUGUACUGGUUACUGUUGCAUCUCCUACUUUCAGAAUACGGCAUAACCUCCAUUAGUGGUAGCACACCCAGCCCAACUUCCAGUGAACCCACCACAGCCAACACUGGAUCCAGUGCAACCUCCAGUGCGACUGGGACAGCCUCCAACACUACAUCCAGCACGACCUAUGGUGGUACCAGCACAGCCACCAACUCUGGAUCCCAAGUGACCUCCAGUGGAUCCAGCACAACCUCCAAUACUGAAACCAGCAUGACCUCUGGAGGGACCAGCACAAUCUCCAAUACUGGAUCCAGCGUGACCUCUGGAGGGACCAGCACAACCUCCAGUACUGGAUCCAGCCUGACCUCUGGAGGGACCAGCGCAACCUCCAAUACUGGAUCCAGCCUGACCUCUGGAGGGACCAGCACACCUGUCAACACUGGAUCCAGUGCAACCUCCAGUGGGACUGGGACAGCCUCCAACACUACAUCCAGCACGACCUAUGGUGCUACCACCACAGCCACCAACUCUGGAUCCCAAGUGACCUCCAGUGGAUCCAGCACAACCUCCAAUACUGAAACCAGCAUGACCUCUGGAGGGACCAGCACAACCUCCAAUACUGGAUCCAGCGUGACCUCUGGAGGGACCAGCACAACCUCCAGUACUGGAUCCAGCCUGACCUCUGGAGGGACCAGCGCAACCUCCAAUACUGGAUCCAGCCUGACCUCUGGAGGGACCAGCGCAACCUCCAAUACUGGAUCCAGCCUGACCUCUGGAGGGACCAGCGCACCUGUCAACACUGGAUCCAGCACAACCUCUGGGGGGACCAGUACAGCCUUCAAUACUGGAUCCAGUAUGACCUCCGGUGAGACCAGCAUAACCUCCAGUACUGGAUCCAGCACAACCUCCAGUGGGACCAGCAUGGCCUCCAACACUGGAUCCAGUGCAACCACAGGAGGCUCUGGUACACCUUUGUCAACUGGAACACACACAACUUCCAACAGAAUUAGCACAAGUGCUGGAACUCCAGUGAAUACAGUGAAGCCCAGUGGGUCCCUGAAGCCAUGGGAAAUCUUCCUCAUCACUCUGGUCUCGGUUGUAGUGGCCGUGGGAUUAGUUGUUGGACUCUACUUCUGUGUGAGAAACUCCCUGUCCCUGAGAAAUGUCUUUGACAGAGCUGUCUACCGACUCCAUGGCCCCAACCUCGGCCCAGGCCCUGGAGGGAAUCAUGGAGUCCACCACAGGUCUGGGUGGAGCCCUAACGGAUUCUGGAGGAGACCAGUAUCCUCAGUAGCCAUGGAGAUGAGAGAGACCCACGAUGGGCUCUAAGCGGCUGCUGAAGCCAGAGAGCCACAUUCCUCCCAGAGGGAGCCAGCCUGGGGGACCAGAGAUCUGAGUGUCCUUUCAUUCGUCCCCAGGAGUCCCCUCCCAGCUUUGUUUGGGUCUCUGCCAGCCUUGGGGAAGACACUUCCUCCCUCUCUCUUGCUUUUACCAGACACUGGAAAGAGGAGACUCUGCUGGUCAUUUAGCUAAGAAAUAAACACAUACAAACUAUAUCACAGAGA